AUGCCGGAAAGCGCUGGACGGCCGAGCGAGUCCACAGUACAUUUGCGCCUCAUCCAACAACCACAAAAGCGACUCUUGACUGGCUCCAUGCAGCUGGAGUCGAGGACAGUCGCAUCACGUUCUCAGCUAUACGUAGGACGGGAUUGGAUCAUGUUCCUAGCCACUGUUGGUGAGGUUGAGGACCUAUUCCAUACGGAGUAUUACAACUUCCAUGAAAAGGAAUCCGGCGGUCUUCGCAUGGCAUGCGAUAACUACAAACUUCCACAGCACGUUCGCGAACAUGUCGACUACAUCACGCCCACAAUACAGCUCGACGGCUUACGUCCAAUGGCUCAUGUACAAACAGCGACGAAGCCCAUGGCUAUUGCUGAUCAUAUCACUGCCCAUGGUGGUGCGGAUGAUCUGUCGACCUGUCACAUCUUUUUUACCGUCCAUUGCUUCCGCGCUCUGUACAACGUUCCCAUUGCCAGUCACAACAAUACCGGAAAUGAGCUUGGUAUUUUCGGACUUGGUAACUAUCUCUAUCUUCCAGACUUCAAAGAAUACUUGAGAAACUGGACGUCCCCUCGGAUUCCCCUGGAUGUUGAGCCAGAAUCCGUCUACGUUUAUGGUGGCAAACCCGGAGAUCUGUCUCUGGCAGAAGCUGACAAGACAGGUGAGACUGCUUUGGACGUUCAGGCCUCGACCUCCAUCAUCUACCCUCAAAAGGAUCCUACAUACUGUACCCACCCGGGCGGCAACGAGCAGUACCUUGGCCCGGGAUUCCCCGAAAACGAUGAAGGAGAAGGCACAAAGAACGGACCAUGCGGAGGUGCGCCAAUGAGCAACGUCAUCUCCAUCUCAUACAGCUUUUUGGAGAGCCAGCUCUCUCGUGCUUACCUUGAACGCCAAUGUCACGAGUACAUGAAGCUGGGGUUGCAAGGCGUCACCAUCGUUGCCGCAUCAGGAGAUAUUGGCGCUGGGUCUUCCGACCAGCAGUUCCCACCAUCAUUCCCUUGCACAUGCCCUUAUGUCCUUUGCGUCGGCGCCACAACAUUGCAAGAUGGUACCAUUGCUGGCGGCGAAAUGGCAGCCACGUUUUCCGGCGGUGGAUUUUCCAACGUCUUUCCCCGCCCAAGCUACCAGGACGACGCUGUCUCGGGCUGGCUUUCCAACUCAGCACCGGCAUACGGAGAAGGGCGCUAUAAUCGCUCAGGUCGCGCAUACCCAGAUGUCGCAGUCAUUGGCGUCAACUACCCAGUAGUGAUUCUCAAUACCACGAGACCUGUGAGUGGUGCGUCGGCUUCUGCACCCGGCUUUGCCAGCAUGAUCAAUAUGAUCAAUGAGGAGCGAUUGGCGGAUGGCAAAGAACCACUUGGCACUUUGAACUGGGACAUAUACGACAAUCCGGAGAUAUUCAAUGAUAUUCUUGUGAGAUAUAAUCCGGGAGGCGGUAUGGAUGGCUUCCCAGCGGGUCCGGGAUGGGAUAUGGCUUCGGGACUCGGGAGUCCGCAGUAUGAUAAGAUGCGGGAAUUGUUAUUGUCAGAUCUGUGA